AUGGCAUCACGGAGAUCGGCUCGGCUAGCUUCUCUGGUCACGAAUGCUGCGAUCGUUGAGCCGGCGUCUCCACCAGCACCUUCAGUGGCAUCAAGAAAGCGAAAAGCGGCCACACAAGCCCCGGCAACUGGGGAGACCGAAAAGGCGCCGUCAACACCACGAAAGCGGCGAACUAAAGGGACGGAUGACGUGCCCGAAACGCCCACACCUGCCGAAGUUAAGCUUAUCACGGAGGGUGCGCACACAGCAAAGCCCAGACCUGCCGCGGUCUCCCGUCUAGCGGAUCCGAACCGUACCAACGCGGUCCUCCGUUCUCCCAAGACAUCACGCAUCAUUGCGUCAACCGCAGUCGAGCCUAUACCCUCCAAGCUCCGCGAUGUCAUCAAGUCUACAGUACCGGCGACGAGCGCCACCACUACAACAACCAGCCUCCUCGAAGAAGCCUGCGCGCACCUGAUCAAGGUCGACGCGCGCAUGAAACCGCUCAUCGACGCCCACCACUGCCGCAUCUUCUCGCCCGAGGGUCUCGCCGAGCAGGUCGACCCCUUCGAGGCCCUCUGUAGUAGUAUUAUCUCGCAGCAAGUGAGCGGCGCGGCCGCCAAAACCAUCAAAGGUCGCUUCAUCGCCCUCUUUGACCCCACUAGCAACAGCAGCAGUAGCAGCACCACUACCACCACCACCCCCUCCUCGGAACCCGCCGCCACGGCCGACGACGUCUCCGCCAGCACCCCCCCCUUCCCACGCCCGGAUGCCGUCGCGGCCACCGCUCUCGAAACCCUCCGCACGGCAGGCCUCUCCCAGCGCAAAGCCGAAUACAUCCAAGGCCUGGCAACCCAGUUCGCAGCCGGCGAGCUAACGGGACAGCUGCUCGCGGACGCGCCGUACGAGGACGUGCUGGCGCGGCUGACGGCGGUGCGGGGGCUGGGGCGGUGGUCGGUCGAGAUGUUUGCGUGCUUCGCGCUCAAGCGGCUGGACGUGUUCUCGACGGGCGACCUGGGCGUGCAGCGCGGGAUGGCGGCGUUUGUGGGGCGGGACGUGGCCCGGCUGAAGGCUAAAGGGGGCAAGUGGAAGUAUAUGGGCGAGCGGGAGAUGGAGGAGGUUGCGGAGCGGUUUCGCCCGUAUAGGAGCCUGUUCAUGUGGUAUAUGUGGCGCGUGUUGGAGACGGAUGUGAGUACCAUGGAGUCGUGGGGCUGGUGA